AUGGGUGAGAAGCGUCCAAGUCCACUGAAUGACUCACUACGUGACGCCCAGCGCCAUAAGAAGCUCCAUACGGGUCCAAAUAGUGACAUGCAAUUUAUGAAAGUCCAUGAUACUUCAAGUACCAGCAAAAACGACCGUCUGACGCCGUCAAACGACACUCCAGUAGCUCCAACGUCUGCUGCUGCUUCAAUAUCAACCUCUAGGCUCCCAAUGCUGGUUUUUCACGAGCAUUUUCAUGUGUUGGACUAUCAUAAUGAUCGAUAUAUAACGUCAGUGAAAAAUGACACACUUGGCGCAUCGUGGCGUGUGAUUUGGCAGCCUCGAAGCCCUACCGAUGGAGCAUUUGUUGGGCUGUUUGUGGAGCUCGUAGCAGCGCAAGAGAAUGGAGUACGACACCGUCUUGUAGAGCUAAGUAUUGUGAUUAUGAAUCAAGGAGGACUUGCACCUGUUGUGAAACAUACGAGUGUGCAUGGAUUUUCCAAGGAAAAUCCGGAAUUUGGCAUGAAUCAAUUGAUUCAACGCAGUGAUUUACUGAAUCCAAGCAAUACGUUGUUGACUCAAGAAGGAAAAGUUGAGAUUGAAGUACAAUUGAAUUUUAUUGAGGACGACAUGACAGAGUUGGAAGAAAUACAGGAAGAUAAAGUGACGACAAUGCACUCGAGAAUUGCAACGAGUCAAGGUGCAGAUUUGAUAAAGGAGUCACAGGUGGCAUUGAACACAAUGCAACAGUGUCUUCCAUAUGACUCGAAGGAGGAGACAGGGAUGGUGGGAUUGAAAAACCAGGGGGCUACAUGCUACUUGAACUCGCUGUUGCAGACGUUAUUUCACUUGCGAGCAUUUAGGCAGAUGGUGUAUGAGACGCCUACUGCUGAAGAAGACACGAAUAAUUCCGUGUCGUUGGCAUUACAGCGUGUGUUUUAUAGGUUACAGACACAACGCAAGGCUGUAUCUACAAAAGAGCUUACUCGCUCAUUCGGAUGGAGUGCGAUUGACUCUUUCAUGCAACAUGACGUGCAGGAGCUGUACCGAAUUUUGUGCGAUCGGUUAGAAGAAAAAAUGAAACACACGAGAGUGGACUCGGCAAUUCCGAAGCUUUUUGAAGGCAAAGUAAGGUCUUUUGUGCAAUGUGUGAAUGUGGACUUUCAGUCUUUUCGUGAUGAAAGCUUUUAUGACUUGCAACUGGAUGUCAAAGGUUGUAAGGAUUUAAUGCAGUCCUUUCGCAAGUAUGUGGAGGUAGAACUGUUGGACGGAGACAAUCAAUACGAAGCUGAGGGACAUGGAAAACAGGAUGCCAAGAAGGGCAUCGAGUUCGCCACUUUUCCGCCUGUUCUUAAUAUUCAGCUUAAACGGUUUGAGUAUGACGCGACGCGCGAUGGCAUGGUCAAGAUUCACGACCGCUUUGAGUUUCCAAAAAGGCUUGUGCUUGAUGAGUUCAUUUCAGAUAGUGACAAGAAAAAAACAGAAAAAAGCACAGAUAAAUAUCCGCGAUAUAUUUAUCAUCUGCAUAGUGUCUUGGUGCACAGUGGCGAUGUACACGGCGGUCAUUACUACGUAUUUAUUCGACCGGGGAAGCACAUUGCUACAAGUGCAGAUUGGUUCAGGUUUGAUGAUGAAAAAAUCACGCGCGUUGACGAACAGAUAGCAAUUGAAGGCAAUUUUGGCUCAGCUUGGACUCAUGUCACUCCACAAGAUGGAACUUCGGAGCCUCUGUCGCCUUUGUAUUCAUCAUCACUCUUUUCUUUACCAGAUCAUAAUAGUGGGAAAAGUGGUAACGAAAGGAAUAGUAUGAAUGGUCUCGAGUUCAGAUCAGUCGAUGUAAGAGGAAGCCCAGGUACUGACGGUGCUAAUGCAACAGACGAAGUGUAUGAUUACAGCCAGAGAAAUGACACUUCCUUAGGUUCUGCGUCAGACAGCCUGAUGCUUCCACUCGGUAGAAGUUUUUCUAGCGCAUAUAUGCUUGUGUAUGUGCGUGACGGUGAGAACGACAUCAGUGCAAUACAGGAUGAAGCAAGCGUGAAUGCAGACACUAUCCCAUCGACUUGUGCUACAGAGAACGUUUUGAUUGCUUAUGACGAAGCAAGCAAGAACAAGGAGGAAGUGGCACCAGUUGUUCCAGUGCUUUCUACUUGGCAAAGCGAUCCGCUGCCAAUCCCGGCAGAUCUGAUCACUCGCUUUCAAGAAGAGGAAAAGACAGUUGUUCGGCGCAAGAAAGCCCAGCAGACAGAGCAUUUGUACAUGAACUUUCGUAUCGCUUCUGACACGAGUAUCGCCAAGCUAAAACGGAUUACCAAGACGAUCGAUUUUUCUGGGUUUAAUAAUUCAACCACGCUGCGCAUCCGUAUCAAACGAGCAGUAUCGAUCCAAGAGCUUUACCGUCGCGUAUAUAACGAAACUGGUGUCCCCAUGUCACGGCAGCGCUUGUGGAAAGUCAUUACGCGUGAAAAUCGGACAGUUCGGCCCGACCAACCUCUUGAUUCAGAUUUGUAUCGAUAUCGUGUGGAUUCACUGAUCGAGGAUGAUGCCUCGACUAAGUCUCCUGUUAAGUUGUACCUUCAGAUACUAAAUAGAUUAUCAGACUCUUCUGCAGCUUCACCACACAUCUUGCCGUCAUCCCCCUCUAUAUACGCUCGCGGAGUCGAAAAUUUGAGCAAGAUCCCAGCAAUGAUCAUUCACCGGCAUUUCUGGGACGAAUUUACACCUCCUGAGAUUGAAGAUGCUCCGUUAAUUGCGAGAGAUACAAGACCUGUUCGAGAGAUGGGAGAGGAGAAUGAUAAUGUUGCUACUGCGUAUGCUAAAGCUAGCGAUGACAUCAUGUCGAAUUUCGCGCCGCCUUUACAAAGUCAUGAAAUCUUGUUGUUUAUCAAGUUUUAUGACCUUAAGAAAAAGCUUGGUGAGCGAUUAGAGUACGUCGGUAAUGUAAUUGUGGAUUCGAGAAUAACAGGUGCAGAGUUCGCAAAGUGUCUGCACGAGGCGCUGUCAAUCCCGCUCGCAACUGAAUUGUUAUUAUACGAGGAGGUCCAGCCACUGUCUGUGUCUGAGAUUGAUAUGGAGACGACAUUAUCGGGAUCUGAAAUUCAGAGCGGUGAUAUAAUUUGCUUCCAGUAUGCAGAAGACGAAGCCAUGGCAAGCAGCAUUGUGAUUGAUCCGGAUCUGGGAGUAGAUAAUGAUCUUGAUGCUGCAGAGUCGACGUGUUUCGGUCCUGAUGGCGAAAGAGUGAUGACCGUCAUUUCUUCGGAAAGUAAGGAUAUAGUGGGCGUCACUUUACCAGCAAACUCGAGUGAUUCGUAUGCCAACAGCAGCUGUGGUCCUCAUGGUUACGGGUCAGCUGGAUCAGAGCAACUAUCUAUGAGGAAGCUUUGCCCGUAUCAGCGGCGGCGGCUGGUAGAAAGAUAUCCGGAUGUGCCAUCCUACUUUCGAUAUCUGCUAGAUCGUGUCGAGGUGACGUUCCGCCGUUACGGGUACCCGGACGAAGAAUCCUUUACGCUUUCACUUUUGCUUAGCAAUGUGUACGAUGAGGUAAUCGACGCAGUGACGGAAUAUUUGGGGCUCCUGGGUCCAAAGCGAUUGUUUGUGCGAUUGUAUCAGCAUUCACCUCUUAAUAGCUUGCCCAUGAAGUCGCCAUUACGUCACUCGCGCUAUGCUGGGGAUGAUCAAACUACACUGGAGGAUUUGCUUACCGAAUAUUUGGAGCGCACCAACACUUUAUACUACGAGUUGCUCGAUCACCCGGUCACAGAAAUUGAGGCCAAAAAGGAGCUGCUCGUGCAUCUCAGCAUAUAUGACGCUUGCUUUGCUACGGAGCAGGCAGCAUCACCAUCACCGAUUGCACCACAGCGCCAUGUACAAGUACUUGUCUUGCCUACACACCAGGUCCGUGACUUGUUAAAACUUAUUCGAGAUGGAUUUGGACUGCCAGAGAACACACCAUUGCGCGCAUGCGAGGUCGUCCAGCACGGAACAAUGAUUAAGCGGGUGAUUGAAGAGGAUGCGUCGUUGUCACGAUACUGGGGUACUGGUGUUGUGUCCGAUCCCAAUUCACCUGAGAUAUUGGUAGAACAGAUUCCUGCUUACGAGAUGUUUAGGGAUAAGAAACUCGCUAUUGUGAUUAAAGAGUCCACUGCAUCGGAGCCUAAAGCACUUGCACUCAGCAAUUCCGAAAUCGUCGCCACCAGUAAGAAGCUAUUGCCAGAGAAUUGUCCAGCUGAAGCUGCUUCAAUGAGCGACCAAAAGGAUGCGACGUCUGAUGACGAUGAACCCAUUCGAUGGUAUGACAAGGGUGUGCGCGAUACCGUCGGUGAUGUCAAGGAGCGUAUACGUCAACGAAUGGGUAUCUCGUCCGAAGUGUUUGCACAGUGGAAUUUUGCGCUGGUAAAGGACCUAAAAGCAUCGACAUUGGAGAACAUAUACGAUGAGAUGGAGCCCAACGUAUUCGAUGCGUUUCCCAUGUCACGGCUUACGGAGCUCUUUGGUGAUGACUUUGAAGGUCUUGGCAGUAUCGGAUUAGAGCACGCGGACCCGACACCAGCACCUCGUCACCAAAGCAAUAGGAGACUUGAGACGGGUAUCCAUAUUCGCCAGAGCUAA